UUAUCAUGCCGACCGAAGAGUAUGAAACACAUGCGCUUUUUAAGUGUCUAUUUUGUCUUACGCACUUCGGUUGACCCCAUAAAGGCAUGACUCUUUUGUGGAUUGUGGAUGUUGCAGUAGUACUUUGCCAAGAUGGGGGGUCUUUUCCCUCCCAGCUGUUUGCGUGCUGCGUGUAUUUCCUGGGCUCCAUAAAGGCAUCCAUGAUUAUGGAUGCUGGGUUUUACAGUACUUUGCUGUUACCUCAAAUAUGGACCUUGACAUCCAGUCUACAGAGCUCAGUGAGACCAAAUGGAAAGAACUUAUUCCAUCCCUGAGGCAGUACAAAACUAUCCGGCUUGAUGACUGCAAUCUGUCUACCAGUAAUUGUAAGGAUAUCUCUACUAUUCUGAGUACAAACCAAGACCUGACUGAACUGAAACUGAAUAACAAUGAACUGGGAGAUUCUGGUGUGGAGGUGCUGUCCAAAGGAUUGUUACAUCCAAGUUGUAAGCUUCAGAAACUAUGGCUGCAGAACUGCAACCUGACUGAAGCCUGCUGUGAGAAUCUCCGUUCUGUGCUUAGCAGCAAAUCAUCGUUGACUGAGUUGCACUUGGGGGAUAAUACUUUGGGCACAUCAGGAGUGAAAGUGUUGUGCCAGGGACUUCUGGAUCCAAACUGCCAACUGGAAAAUCUUCACCUGGAGUACUGUGAACUCUCAGCAGAAAAUGUGGAGGCUAUCAGCUCUGCCUUACGCACCAAGUCAUCCCUGAAGGAACUCAAUCUGAGCAACAACAGUCUAGGAGAUGCUGCAGUGAAGCAGCUUUGUCAGAGUGUGCUGGAUACCAGAUGUAAUCUGCAGACACUUCGGUUGGAGAACUGUGAUGUCACUGCUAAUAGCUGUGAGGACCUCAGUACUGUUCUCAGCACAAAGCCAUCCUUGACAGAGCUGUGUAUAGGCGAGAACAAGAUUGGUGAUACCGGUGUGGCACUCCUGUGCCAAGCUGUGCUAAAUCCAAAUUGCAAAGUACAGAAGCUGUGGUUAUGGGAAUGUGGUAUCUCGGCUUCUGGCUGCAAAGACCUCUCUAAUAUUAUUGGUACUAAAGAGACUCUCAAGGAAAUGAGCCUGAUUGGAAAUGAUCUGAAGGAUGAAGGGAUGGAGUUCUUAUGUCAAGGGCUGAAGAAUCCAAACACUAAACUCCAGUCACUUUGGAUGAGAGAAUGUGGUCUGACCAGAGCCUGUUGUAAGAACCUUGGCUUGGCUCUCAGUGCAAACAGUGUUUUGAAAGACCUGCACAUUGGGGGCAACAAGCUUGGUGAUGCAGGGGUGAUUCAGCUGUGUGAGGGUAUCCUGAAUCCCACCUGCAACCUGCAAUCCCUCUGGUUGGGGCAGUCAGAUCUCACAGCAGCUUGCUGUGACAAGCUUGCUGAGGUGAUUGUUGGAAAACCAUCUCUGCAAGAAUUGGAUGUGAGCUACAGCCACAUAGGGGACGAAGGAGCGCGUAAGCUCUGUGAAGCAGUGAAGAGUCCCAACUGCCACCUGAAGUAUCUCAUUCUGUAUGACACGUACUGGUCUACUCCAAUAGAUGAAGCACUGAAGGCCCUGGAAGAGCUGAAGCCUGGAUUUAAACUUGUUACAUGAGUUGCACAAGCUUGCUAUGACUACUUCUACUGUCUCUUUCUUCUCUAGGGAUUCUUUUUGUAAACCAAAAGCAUAGCCCAUACAAUGAUGGACUUCAAACGAUUCCAAAUUCAUGGACUUGGCAAAUACAGUCUGCCUAGAAAGCACAUUCAAGGAGGUAUUGGCACUUCAGAGCUGGUGAGGCAGCUCAUAUAGAAAAGUGCUGGAAUAUCUCCUGGGUCCAGGCUAUAUAAAAUUAAUAAUAAAUCAUGCUGGUAGGUUGUAUUGCCAUUUGGUAAAUACAAAGUACAAAAAAAAAAUCUCUUGUGAGGUGCAAUAAAGCAAUAGUGGAUAUGUGCAGAUAGCACAGGAUUCUUCCUAGGGGAAGAACUAUAUUGGAAAUGUUCUACAUAGCCUUAAUUAGAGAUAAUGUUUCCUUUAAUUGCUACAGUAAUGACAAAACUUGUGCCCUCAACUUAAAUAUCAGUGAUUUUCAAGCUUUCUGCUGAAAAUGUAACAAGUGAACUUUGUGUAUCUUAAUCAGCAAAUCUAGCUCUGUAGAAACCUGAAUAAAGUUUGCUUGCAAAGA